AUGAAAUUUAACAAUUUAGACAUUUGUGUUCAGGUAAAAUGUAUAUCCUACUGUUCUUCCAAUUUUUCCCCUCCGUUUCGACCAUGGAAGAAUUGCAAAAUUGUGAACAUAACAGAAGAGGAAGGUCUGGCUAAUGUAAAGGUGAAUGGUCACGAGAAAGAUGAUAUAAAAGAUGAAUCCAAAUUAAACUACUUGAUUGGAAAUGUAUACAUUGGUAUAGUAUUACAUGCAGAAGGAGAAAACGGUACUACUACAUCGCUCACUAUGAAGGGGAAAAGCAUAAUUGGCAUAUUCACACUCAAUUGCAAAAUUAAUAAUGAUAAAAUUAUUACACCAUAUCAUGAUAUUAUUGAAUAUCCUUAUAACGAUUUAAACAAUAACUAUGAACUGUGUGCUGUGCUUCGAUCAUUUUAUGAAUCUCACAUUUGCUUAAGUUCUUUAAAUUAUUCCAACAAGUUACAAUACAUAGCUAUUUUUGCGGACCAAAUUUUCUUUGUACUUCCAUUUUUAAAACUUGUACUGAAAAGGAAAUUCCUUAUAAUGAUAUUUUUAUCGAAUCAAAAUGGGGAAAAGGAUGAUGGUAAAUCAAAUGGUCAAUAUGAUCAAAUUAAAAAACAACUAGAACAGUUCCACAUCAGCAGUAAGUGUAUUGAAGAACGUGUUUCCAUUUUGAAUCUAGAUAUGAACAUCCAGGAACAUGUGUAUAAUGUUACAAACGGACUUGGUAUAAAAACCAUCUUUGUUUUUCCAAAUGGAAAUAGUAAUAUUAAUGUUUUAAAAAGAAGCAUCUUUACGAUAAGUGCAUUAAAUGCCAGAAUAAUAUUCACGUCCAAUUUUGAUUAUUUAAAUCCUCAUGAAUGUAAAUUAUUAUAUGAAAAGGGCAUAUCUGUGCACUUUUUCAAUCUAAACAAUUACAUAAAAUAUGAUUAUUUCAAAAUGACGGAUUCUUUUAAUUACGUUUUAUUAUCCAUUUUAAACAAAGACAUAGAUAUUCCAUCGGUUCCAAGAACGACCAAAUCAUUUUCUAACAUCGAGGAAAUAUUGUCAAGUGGUCCUCCCCCCGGUGGUUCAAGUUACAACAUUUAUGUUAAUAAGAACAUAGAUUGA